UUGCCAACAAAUCGCGAACGGGUCAGGACGAGCCCAGCUACGAGCAUCGAGUCAAACGGCACGCGUUUCAUUCUCGGUUAUUUGUGUUCCGAAUAUAUACCCAUGUAGUUUUUCCCCAUGUUGGCUAACAUGCCUGGCCUGAAGGAGCAGCCCCAGCCGAUGCUUAGACCCAUUAGCCAGCUAUCACACCAUGUUCUGGACGGCGGUAGCCUCCUCCACACUCUCCUCCAACAGCGCCGAGAGCUCGGCGGGAUUGGCCAGUGCGGCGCCCAGCUACCAGCAGCAGCACACGAAGCCAUCGCCGCUGCGAGCCUCCACCAGCAGCUGGCAGCUUAGCAAUGCAGCGUUCAAGUCGCGUCUGCAACAGCAACAGCUACUGCAGCAGCACCAGCAACAGAUACAGCAGCAGCAGCAGCAGCAGCAGCACGAGCAGCAGCAACAGGAGCACCAGCAACAGGAGCUGCAGCAACAGCAGCAGCAGCAUCUGCAGCAGCAACACGAAAACGCAUCCCAACAGGAAGUGCAACCGAACAGGGAGGACAGACGGGCGGUGGGGCAAAAGGCCAAGCUUCAGACAGCGAACAUCAAAAAGAAAAUCAGUCCCAAGAGUGAGAGUAAAAUAUUCAAGGCUUUCACCUCCUGCAAGUGCGCCCAAAAGUAGUAGUAGGAGUGGGAUCACGUGCAAAUGUACAAGUGACAAAACAAUAACAAUCGAACAACAAAUCGAAACUGAUAUCACAUAUUUUUUGAUGCAUUUUCAAGGUAGAAAACAUUGAAACAUUGAGCAAAUACAAACCAAA